CCGACGGCCAUGUGCAAUGCGUGAAACAAAGGAGGGGUGUCUGGGUCGUCUGGGUAAAUGUGUAUGGGUGUUUAUUGUUUUGGCUUGUCGGUAACUUCAUGUAAAUCAUAUUAACAAGUUUCAGGCUUAGUGGCUUGUGCUGGGAGACGACAAGUAUUACGCCUUAUAGAACCAUUUACAGAAGAUGGCAUCACAAUUCAGGAAACAGACUACAGGUACCACUGCUACUGCUGCUACAGUGACUGGUGCAAGGAAGAAGUCAUCUGGUCCCAAGUUUGAACUAACAGAAGAACAGAAAGCGGACAUAAAGGAAGCAUUUGACCUAUUUGACACUGAAGGAAAUGGGAAAAUUGAAACAAAAGAAUUAAAGAUAGCAAUGAGAGCCUUAGGAUUUGAACCAAGGAAAGAGGAGAUUAAGAAAAUGAUUACAGAAAUUGAUAAAGAAGGAUCAGGUUUUCUGUCUUAUGAUGAAUUUCUUGGCCUGAUGACUCUGAAAAUGGCAGAGAAAGAUUCUAAAGAAGAAAUUCUGAAGGCUUUCAGAUUAUUUGAUGAUGAUGAAACCGGCAAGAUUUCGUUCAAGAAUUUGAAGCGUGUUGCAAAGGAGUUGGGUGAGAACCUAACAGAUGAAGAGCUACAGGAAAUGAUUGAUGAAGCUGACAGAGACGGGGACGGAGAGAUAAACCAAGAAGAAUUUCUUCGGAUCAUGAAGAAAACUAGUCUGUAUUAAGAUAAUUGUUCAAUGUCUGUGUGUUGUAUUGUCAUAUUUAUUUGUGUUGGGUGCCGCCAUUUCAGUUAAGACUGAUGUCAAACAAUUCCCAUAUUUCUGUAUAAAGAAAUAUCAAGUAUGUUUCAUAAUCUUACUAUUGGUGGUUCUUGUCUGUGAACCACAGUGAAUGUGCUAAAAUAGUGUAAAAUAAAAAUUAAUAUAUUUUUGUUACACACAUUGCCAUAUCCAAAUGUUUGUAUGCAGAUAUUGCCUCAUUAUUCAAAGUAAAUAGUUCUGUGCCUACAUUAAGAAUUUCAGUUUUUGACAUUCCAUAUUCUUGGUGUGUUUGUAUCAUACUCAGGAAAAUAUUACCAGAUUUGUCCAUUGUUGCAUAAAGUCUGAAUUUCUACUUAUGAUCAGAAAAGUACUGUUAAUAUUUGAAUUAUGCUGUGUCUUAAAGGUCCUUUGAGGAUGUGUCAUCAUCACAUAGUGAUAUUGAUCACUACAUCAUCAUUAGAAAGUCAUUAGAUUCUUCCAACAUGAUAUGGCAUCUAAAAUCGCUAUACAAGAGAUACCACUGAACAUAACAGGACUUCCACAAAAUUGACUACCUAAGAUGUCAUACCUUCGAAGAUGUUUCAGACAGAUGAUAUUAAAUUUCUUAAGCCCUCGUGUGUGCAGAAUUUUCCAUAAAAAUGUCAUUUGCAUAUUGUGGCCCCAUAUCAGCCACUACAGAUGUAUCUGCUAGGUUCCUUUGCAAAAAUUUGCUUUUUUGCGGGAUUUCAUAAAACACAGGCAUACAUAUCAAGAAACAAAGUUUUGUCAAGAGUAUGGUCUUCUGGUUUGAGAUGUAUAGCAUGAUAGUUGGAUAUUAAUAUUAACGUGUUUGCAGUAGACAUUUCCAUGGUAACGCAAUAACAGUGGGCCGUUGUGUAGGGAUUGAUGAAUCAACAAACGUGUUUCCCCAGAGAUGGAAGGUUCGUUGCAUAACAACAGUCUGUCGAAACAGCAGAAACCGAAAUGUUGAAAAUUGCGCAUUCUAUCUGGUCUGGAAACCACCUACAUAUAAGGGGGUUGAAUGCAUUCACCGAGAGAGUCUGAAGUCUAGCAUUUGCGAAGUGAAGUAGAGAGGCGACUCAGCAGAAGGAUUGUGACAUAAGUGUAGAAGCAAAGGAGAAUAAAUAUUCACUACAUCCUUUACCUACGUGAAGUUAUUUGUCGUGCCGCAUAGGCAACAUGCGACAAUAUUUAGGAAAAAUGUACCGCCCCCAUUUUGAGGGUAAAAGAGUGAACGAUGUAUGGAAGUAUGGUGGAGGUACUGGGAAUGGAGGAACAAGAUCAAGGCUUAGAGCGCACCAGUAGGAACCUGGCCCUAAGAAAAGGUGCUGCCAGAAGACCAUAACUUUAUUACUAACACUGUGAUAACCUAAAAUCCCAAAAGUAAAAUAGAGUUAAGAGUAGCUACAAGCAGUACUUUUUUUUUUCAGAGAGGCGUGGUGGUAGUGAUAUGACAAAAGGGACAAAACUCCAGUUUUAUUUUAUGUUUCAAGGAAUAGCAUUGGUAGACUUUGCUGCUGCACAUGAUCAAAAAAGUGACUGGGUACAGGUGUUAGACCUCUUAGAGACAAUCAUAGCACACUGUAUCACAAGAAGCUAUAGUUGAAAAACUGUAUAACCUACAGCUUAUAUUCUGAAUUAACAUUUAACAUUAAAAAUGACACUGAUGAAAACAAAAUCGCACAUUAAUGUACUUGCCAUGAAAAUUUAAAAUGAUUACUGUUGGUUCUUGGCACUGUGUGGAUAUGGGCAAUGUUGCCACAUUUCAGGGGUAGAAGCUACAUCAUCUUCAGGGUUGAAGUGAGUAAGCUGUGUACAUGUAGAUUAUUGGUCAAACAGAACCAUGGGAGUGGGAUACUGGUUCCUGGUCUGGGCCAGCCAGCAGAGUGAACAGGGAAAAGUUGUCAGACUUCUUCACCUCUGAAACACUGGCAACACUGCCCAGAAGAACAGAAGCAGCAUCAAUAAUUAAUAAUACAAGCCUGUAGUCAGUGUUGAUUAUUGUUUUAUGCUGCUGUUUUAAUUUAUUUAUUUAGUGACCUGUCAUUAUUUCAAAGUGUAGUGUCAAAUGUUACGAUGAUUUAAUGAAUAAUGAAUUGGAGAGGGUGAGGAAGGAAGCAGUCAUGGUCUAAUUUGAAGUAUUCCCAGCAUUUUUCUGGAGGGACUGAGGAAAUCCAUGACAAGCCUUAGACAGAAUAGUCAGUGGUUGAGUUCAGGUGAUUAGUAGCCAGAUUCAUGUGAGAUUUGUGGUGGACAGAGUGGCAAUAGGACAGAUUUUUGGUACUUCAGUUUCCCUUGCCAAUUCUCAUUGUACCAAAUGCUACAUUUCUCACCUGUCAUCUAGGACUGGUACAGUGAGUGGAUCUCCAUGUGGCCUAAGUAGCAAGCGUCUUAGCUGCACCCCACCUUAAGAAUAUGAAGUAGAGAGCGGUUGUCUGAUUGCUGCAAAAGAAUCAUGCAAAUUUCAUCGUGUCAGUAUGACCUGGAAAUGAAUUUCAGAAACCAUUAUGCAGCAGUGCAGUUACGUAUGUUAUUGAAAUGAGCACAUGGAAAAAUGGAAGGUUCACAGGUAGUUCUAAUUAAUUUUCUACUCUUAGUUUGGUAAUAUUAAUGGACUCUAAUGCUACAAAUAUACCAGCAGUUUGCUUUGACCAAAACAGUAGCUGGAGUUGAAGGGUGACAUAGUAACAUCAAUUAAAGAAUUAAUAUAAUUUUCUAUAAGCAAGUAUAAUUAAGAAGAAAGGAGUCUUCUGGGAGGUGGCACCAUGUAGAUGUGGUGUUAACCGACAUUUCAGAGGAACAUAUCGCCUCAAACUUCAGGGUAGAAGGAAAAA